UGUAAUUUCAGAACGUAGCACGUAAUUGAUCAAUAUGGCGCAUGUUGAUAUGACAAAUUGACAGCUGUGUUUUGCCUUUGUGCGAACAUUACAUUUAUUGUAAUGUUUUUCUUCACAUAACGAGCCCACCAAAUAAAUCAUUUAACAAUGACUCGACCCUUCGGUAAUAGUGACAAACGUUUUUCAAUCGAUGACGCUUUUGAAGAGGAAACCGAUGAAGCCAUAAAAGUAUACGGUGCGACGGGUGAUAGAUCUCCUCUGCAGAAUAAAUACAAGAAUGGCGGUGACUAUGUAGCCAGUAAAACUUACAAAUGCACAGAGGAUACAACAUCAAGAGACUCGGAUUCAUUAAUCCAUGAAUAUGUAGAAGCUACACAGUCAAUGUAUUGUUGGAACCAUCCUAAAGUCCGAGAGAACUGGAAAACGGUCUGUGCGGCUGUUAUUCUUCUAUUAGUAGGAGUAGGUCUUUUAGGUAUGGGAGCGUUUGCUGUUGCCGAACCUGAAAAUGGACUUCAAGGUGCUGUGUUCUUUGUAGCAGGUAUGAUUUGCUUCGUACCAGGAGCUUAUCACGUAGUUUACAUCUGGUUAGCUGCCCGAGGUCAAAGAGGUUAUGACUUCUAUCAUCUACCAUUGUUCACCUGAUUCCCUUGCUUACAGCGGAGUACGAAUUUCAUUCAGAGAUUGUGAUUGAACAAAAUGCUCUCUAAUUUGCCGUUGCCCCCUUUUUUUAAUAAAAAUGGAUCAAAACUCAGUACAACCUACUUUUUCUUCCAUGCUUGAUUACUGCAUUUAGAUGUAACAUUCUUAUUUCAAAUGGAAAAUGUAUUAAUUGUAAAUAUUAUCUUGGAAAUUUAUUAAAGUUGUGAAAAUUUUCUUUUUAUCUACUUAAAAAUUUCGUAAUGUAAUUGAAGUGCCUAGUUAUGUAGUGUUAGUCAAUAGUUUUAGUUCUAUAAUAUCUUAAUAUUAAAUGAAUAUAUAUUGGACAUAUUGAUUGCAACCUUUGAUGUAAAAGGAAAUUUGGUUUUUGUACAUAAAUAUGCACAUAAGGAAAUUGUAAAAUGAAAUUAAAUAUUAUGUUAUGUUUCCAACAAAUCCUAUUCGAAAUAUAACUUAAUUGUAUUUACUAUUAUAUCAUUGUGGGUUAAAUAACUCAAGUACUUUGAAAAAUCGUGAUUUUUUAAUGAAUUUCUUUGAAAAUUAUUGUUAUAAAGUGAUAUUGAAAUUAUUGUCAUAAUGAAAUGAAACUUCAAACAAAUCAAAUGUUGAGAUACCCUAGUCACUUUGGUAUAAAAAUUGUUAACAUCUUAAAACUUUAAACAGCAUUUUAUGUAUCAUUGUCAUCAAAAGCUUUAUUCUAUCAUAUAUUACCUUUGUGAUGUUUUCCAUUAGAUUGAUUGUUGGGUCAGGUUAAUGGGAAACACCAACAUUCAAACAAUAAGUUGCCACUGAUGCUAUUAAUAUCAAUUUAUGGUUAUUAACAUUACUCAAUAAUUAUAACAAUUGGCAAUCAAUUAAAAAUCAAAUUUAGUGACAAGGUUUAUUUACAAAAGUUAUAAAAAAAUACUAUGAUAUUCAUGAAUUGUAUAUUGGUUAAAAUAUUUUUUGAUGUCUGAAAUGUUGUAACAAUAAAUUAUAACCAAGGCCCUGUCCCACCAAUGGCUGAUA